AUGGAUGUUCUUGUCUACCUUCUGUUUUCUUUUUACUACGGAGUUUCUGCAAAAACAACCGAAAACGUUACCUUGCUGUUUGUUGGAGAUGUCUCCUUCGCCGGUCCCAUCAGAUAUUACGUGGAACAUAAAUAUCACUCAUAUAAUGACACUCUUAGUGAAGUUGCACCAUAUGUCAGAGAGGCAGACAUUUCUGUGGCCAAUUUGGAGUCUCCAUUUAUAAACAAAGACAUGUACAAUUCAAUGUACGAUGGAGAGAAAACAGUUAUACUAGACGCUAGCCCCGAGGCCGCCCCAGCUCUGAGUUUUGCAGGAUUUGAUGCUGUAACACUUGCCAACAAUCAUUUGAACGAUUUUGGCUCUGAGGAAGCAAACAACAGUGUCAAAGUUCUCAAAAAGACAGGAAUACAAUAUUUUGGUAUAAGCUUUGGAAAGUAUGACUCGCCACAGGAGCCACUCAUCCUUGAAAGGGAAGGAAUAAAGAUUGGAUUCCUUGGUUACUGCGCCACUAUAAGUCCAACAAUUAAAAAGAACUGCACUGAAAUGAGAAUGUUGUUCAACUCUGGUCCAGCCAUUUAUCGAGAUGAUAUUGCUACACGAGAUGUCCAACAUUUGAAGAAG